CAGGAAGGUCACACCAUCCCUCACCAUCAUCAGGAUGAAGAACUGAAAGACAUCAAAUUUGAGAAUAAAGAAGAAAAAGAAGAGACUUUAGUGAGGGGAGAUCAGCAGUCUGUGGAGAAGGGAGGUCCUCUGUAUUCCCGGGAUUCUACACCGGAAGAUCACAACUAUACUGAGAAUGAUCAGAUUGAAGAACUGAAAGAAGUUAAAGUUGAGGAUAAAGAGGAAGAAGAGAGGUUGGUGAGUGGAGAUCAGCAGUCUAUGGAGGAGGGGGAGAUGAUUAUGAAGAGUAAAGAGGAGGAAUCUUUUCUACCUAUAGAUCCAAGUGGACACUAUGUUCGGAAUCCCUCUAAUCCUGAGGAAUCUUCUGACGCAUCACAUACCAGGACUCUACAAUCUCACUGUACAGAUACUUUAAUAGGUCCUUCUACUCCCAGUGAAUCUUCUGUACGCCAUAAACGAGUUCACAAAGGAGAGCGUUCAUUGUCAUGUUCAGUGUGCGGGAAAUCUUUUACAAAAAACUCAUUGCUUCUUAUACACCAGAGAGUUCACACGGGAGAGCGUCCUUAUUCGUGUUCAGAGUGUGGGAAAUGUUUCAGUACCAAAGCAUACCUUGUGUUACACCAACGAAUUCACACAGGUGAGCGCCCCUACUCGUGUUCAGAUUGUGGAAAAGGUUUUGCUAGGAAUCAGCAGCUCGUUAUACACCAGAGAAUUCACACAGGUGAGCGUCCUUAUUCAUGUUCAGAGUGCGGGAAAUGUUUUGCUACCAAUGGACAACUUCUAAUACACCAAAGAAUUCACACGGGUGAGCGUCCCUAUUCCUGUUCAGAGUGCGGAAAAGGGUUUGUUCUCAAAGGAGACCUUCGUAAACAUGAGAGAAGUCACACGGGUGAACGUCCCUUUCCGUGUUCGGAGUGCGGGAAAUGUUUCAGUGAAAAAGGAAGCCUUCUUAUACAUUACAGAACUCACACCGGUGAGCGUCCCUAUUUAUGUUCAGAGUGCGGGAAAUGUUUCAGUAUGAAAGAAAGCCUUGUUUCACACUUUAGAGUUCACACAGGUGAGCGCCCCUAUUCGUGUUCAGAGUGCGGGAAAUGUUUUGUUUUGAAGGCACACCUUGCUUUACAUAAAAAAAUUCACUCAGGUGAGCGUCCUUAUUCAUGUUCAGAGUGCGGAAAACGUUUCAUUGAUAAAGGUUACCUUCGUAAACAUCAGAGUAUUCACAUAGGCGAACGUCCCUAUUCCUGUUCAGAGUGCGGAAAAUGUUUCCUUACCAAAGGAAACCUUGUUUCGCAUCAAAGAAAUCACACAGGUGAGCGCCCCUAUUCAUGUUCAGAGUGCGGGAAAUGUUUCAUUACAAAAGGACACCUUGGUACACACCAAAGAAUUCACACAGGUGAGCGUCCUUAUCCGUGUUCGGAAUGCGAGAAGCAUUUUAUUCGGAAAGAGGACCUUCUAAGACACCAGAGAAUCCACACAGGGGAAUUACCUAAGGGUGCGGGAAAUGUUUCAGUCAGAAAUGUGACCUAAACCACCACAGAAGUCACACGGGUGAACGUCCUUAUUCAUGUUCAAAGUGCGGGAAGUGUUUUAGUUACAGAUAUGCACACCAGAUUUGCGCUUUUCUAUGCUUUACCGAAGAAGCCAGCUUUUCAUUGGUCCGACCAAUAAAUAAUACAUUAUGUGUUCCUCAGAUAUAGAAGAUUUGAUGUCGAUUCUAGCUUAAUUAUUAUUAUUUGUUAAUCAAUAAUUCUGAUUUUCUAUAUUAAACAAGAACGAUCAGCACUUUCCAAUA